AUGAGGUCGGUGUUGCUGCUGCUGUUUAUCUGGACAUGGACGAGCUCAGCGCUGGUCAGGGUGCCUCUGAAGAGGGUGCCCUCGAUCCGCUCUCAGCUCCGCUCUGAAGGUCUGCUGCAGGAAUUCCUGAAGGAGAAUCGACCCGACAUGUUCGGUCGCCGCUACUCUCAGUGUUUCCCCCCCGGGACGCCCUCUCUGAGGCUGGGGCGCUCCAGUGAGAAGAUCUACAACUUCAUGGACGCUCAGUAUUUCGGUGACAUCACGUUGGGGACCCCGGGGCAAAACUUCUCUGUGGUGUUUGACACCGGAUCGUCCGAUCUGUGGGUGCCUUCGACCUACUGCGUCAGCCAAGCCUGUGCGACGCACAAGCGCUUCAGGGCGUUUGAAUCCACGUCUUUCCGCCAUGACGGUCGGAUGUUUGGGAUACACUACGGAUCAGGACACUUGCUGGGGGUCAUGGGCCGAGACAACCUGACGGUGGCAGGUAUGACGGCUAAGAACCAGGAGUUCGGGGAGUCGGUCUAUGAGCCCGGCUCUGCGUUUGUGAUGGCGAGGUUUGAUGGCGUUUUGGGGAUGGGUUACCCGGCCCUGGCAGAGAUCCUGGGAAACCCCGUUUUCGACAACAUGUUGGCGCAGAAGUUGUUGGACCAGCCCGUCUUCUCCUUCUACCUGAGCAGGAAAACAGCUAGUGGAACCCCAGAGGGCGAGCUGUUGCUAGGCGGAAUAGACGAGGCGUUGUACAACGGACCAAUCAACUGGCUCCCUGUGACUGCUAAGGGCUACUGGCAGAUCAAGAUGGACAGCCUGGUGGUGCAGGGCGUGAGUCCCUUCUGUUCUCACGGCUGUCAGGCCAUCAUUGACACUGGAACUUCUCUCAUCGCUGGACCGACUGAAGACAUCCUGAACAUCCAGCAGCUGAUCGGAGCCUCGCCCACCAACAUCGGAGAGUUCAUCAUCGACUGUGCCAGGUUGAUCAGUUUGCCUCGCAUCACAUUCGUCCUCGGAGGAAAGGAGUACACUCUGACGUCUGAGCACUACGUCAGGAAGGAGAUGCUCGGCGACAGGAUGUUGUGCUUCAGUGGCUUCCAGGCCGUGGACAUGGUUUCCUCCGAAGGCCCCCUGUGGAUUCUGGGAGAUGUGUUUCUGACACAGUUCUACAGCAUUUUCGACAGAGGACAGGACCGGGUCGGCCUCGCCACCGCUAAACAACCAGUCGUCGUUUAACUAUAAUACAAUAGCUGAAAACUGCAAUAAAUUCUAUACAAUUAA